AUGUUCAAAAAAUCUGAAUUGUCACAAUAAAAUAAAGUAUACUCUAAUCGACAUUCACGUCUCCAUUAAUUUUCUGUCUCAUGUAUUAUUUGUUUCGCGUAAUUCAUUCUACGCUUAUUAUAAAUUAAUUUAUUAUAAAUAGUAUAUUUUAUUUAUGUACAUGAAUUAAGUUAUGGAUAUAAAAUAUAAUGGAUUCUGAUAAAAACAAUAAAAUUAAUAUUUCGGAUGAAACGAAAACUACUUCUCAAAAAAGAGAUGAAGAUAAUACGUAUGAUACGAAUGAUACAUAUCUAAUGAUUGAUAAUAUCGCGACAGAUGAAAGAAAACCGAAGAAAAAGAUAACUAUAACUGUAGACGAAGAUGAUCCAUGUCUUAAACAGGAAGACAAACAGAGACAUGUACGAUCUGUAUUUCCUGGUGAAGAUCCAAGAUUUCAACAACAAAAUCAAACAUUACGCUGUUGGGUAAUGUAUCAUGAUUUCUAUCGUUGCGAACGUACUUUAGGCGAGGGAUCAGACGUAUGCACUUGGUUUAAACAAGUUUUUACAUCUAUAUGUCCAAGGGAAUGGAUUAGUCGAUGGGAUGAACUUAGAGUUAAGGACAAAUUAAUCUAACACAAAUAUAAAAAUC